UAGAGUGUUUCCAGGCCCUGCAAAGAACCCUAAUGAGGACAUCUACGUGGAGUGUGAGCCUGAUCCAGCCCCAGCUUUGACUAAACCCCUGAUGUAUCCAGUUCCUCUGCCAAGGACAUCUGUGGUGCCCAGGCCCACCAUGGCUCCCCAAGAAGAUCACAAUGGAACAGUGGAUAGCAACUCUAAAGGGUCUGCACCAAAUAGGGAAGCUCCCUAUCUGAGCCCCAAGAUCACAUCUCACUUGGAAGUCACACAAGGCCUGGCUGGAAGGAGACCAUCAUUUUCUCUAACAGCCCCCACUGGGAGCAGCUCAGCUGCUGAGGAUGGCAGCCUGCUGGCUCAGCCUUGGUACUCAGGGAACUGUGACCGUCAAGCUGUUGAGAAAGCUCUACUCCACUUCCAAAAGGAUGGGGCUUACACAGUGCGCCCCAGCGCAGGGCCUCAUGGCUCCCAGCCCUUCACCCUGGCUGUGUUCCUCCGAGGCCGGGUCUUCAACAUUCCCAUCCAGCAGGUAGAUGGUGGACGGCACUAUGCCCUGGGUCGAGAGGGCAAGAACCAUAAAGAGCUCUUCUCUUCCGUGGUCGCCAUGGUCCAGCACUAUGUGAGGCACCCCUUGCCCCUCGUGGACAGACACAGUGGUAGCCGAGAACUCACCUGCCUGCUCUUUCCCACCAAGCCCUGAGGCUGCAGCAACCUACACAACCACCUUUGGUCCACAGUGUGCUCCUUUAUCACCUGGCUACCACCUUGGGCUGCCCUCUCCUCUCCUGCCAGUCUCCAUCACUCCAGUCCCUUCUGGCCCCAGAUGAGAGGCACAGGGAAGGGUGCCCAGAGAAAGAAAGGAUCCUGGGACUCUACCGGAUACACACCAGAACCCUUCCUACCAUCCCUUCCUGCUGCAUCUCCAAGACUGGGACACUGCCAGCUUUAAGAAUGGCAGUGUUUGCUCUGUCUAAUAAGACCUCCAGAUUGUCCUGGAUGAAGGGAUACAGCAGCCUGAAGAAGUUGACCUUCUCAGGAAAGCCAAGCAGCAAGGGACUCCAGGAUGCUGCUUGGAUAGCAAAGGGAAUCUGUUGCCUUCUCUUGGGAUCUGAAAAGACCUCUUGAUUUCCUUUAAGGGAUGGUGUUGCCCUGCUGUCUGUCUUUCUUUCUCUUUUUCUCUCUCUC